AUAUCUUGACAGAGGUGAAGUGUCAUCUCAAAAGAGUGAUAUAAUGAAAUUCAUACAUUAGGGUGAAUCAUACGAAAUAGUGAUACAAAUGUUUUCUUUUCAAGUUCAAAAGUAUCGUAUUCGUUUGUCAAGAAAAAUGACAUUAGCAAGUUCACAUAAUGAAUCAAAGAAUGGAAAAGAUCCUCCUCAACAAAAUCAUGAAGAAACAGUGCAAGAAUCUACACCAUCUGGAUUAUCAGAUUUACAAAUGCAAAGUACAGAAGUUGGUGAAAUCACAGAAAUGCCAAAUUUUGAAAUAUUAAACACAUCUGCAGUACUUCAUUAUUGUAAACAUAAAAUAUUAAAACCAUAUUUAACAUUAUUAGGAAUAAUGGGUUUAAAACCAAUGAAUAGUGAUGAUUCACAACGAUGCUCUUAUUAUUGCAUUUUUGCAAAUCUUCAUACUUUGCAGGUCACAAUAUUUAUGUGCAUUGGAUAUAUUUUACAAUAUAUGGCAUGUUUUAGGAGAGAUAGAGGCUUUUGUUAUAAAACAAUGCCUUUGAAAUUUCAAAUGACAUCCAUCAAUAAGCAACAUUCAGAAAAAGUUAUUUGCUAUGGAAAUGUUAUAUUUAGUUAUUUAGUUCCCAGUAUUUUACAUUUAAUUGCAUACUUAUACACUAUAUAUCUAUUUCGAAUUAAAGAAAAUGAACAAUUACAAAAUUUAAUGGAAAGAGCAUUUCUUUUAUCAUCUAAUCCUGCAAAUCGUGGAAAUCAGAGAAAACUUGUAUGGAUAUUAUGGUUAUUUAUAGCAUUGAGUCUUGUAUGGAUAAUUAUGGCAUUAAUUACAGUAAAUGUGUUAAUGGCCCAAGAAAAUAUUAUAUUUCAAUGGUUAGAAUACAGUCCAAAUCAAGUUAAAAUAAUAUUAAAAAUACUUUUAAUUGUCUGUACAUUAUGGCAUGAUAUGGUUCAAGGAACAAUUAUUACCAGCUAUUGUUUGCAAGGGCAACUUUUACUAGCGCAUUUAUAUUUCCUUCGUGGAAAAUUACUUUAUCAUACUUUAUCUCCUAUUGAUUGGAUGAGGGAAAUUAGUGAAUUUAAAAAAUUAUUGAAAUAUUUCAAUGAUGAAUUAGGAUUAGCAGUAUGUAUUUAUACAAUUGUAAAUUUAUCAUGGGCAGCCACUAGUAUUGUUUGGUUGCUUCAGUACGAUAAUAGUGAUAUACGAAAUAAUCAUGUCACUUGGAUUGGUAUAAUAAAUGUAAUUCUUUGGAUUUUAAUAUCAAUAGCUCCUUUUAUUCAGGCAGCUCGUUUAACUGCUGCUUGUUCUAUGAUUCAAAGUAUCGGACACGAAGUACGAAUUAGACCAUUCGUAUAUCAAAGCACUCCGGGUGAAGACCUUGAUACUAUACUUUUGUACACAUCGUCAUUGAAAAUGUGCGCCAAACUCUUCAGAGUACCAAUUACGGAGCAAAAAGAAGAGUAUCAGAAACAUCAAAAAGCAGAAGCUGAAAGAUUAAAAAUUUUCCGAGAAAAGGUAGAAGAGAAAAUUAAUAAAUUUCUUCAAGAUGACAAUGCAAAGGAAUACAAAUUUCCACCAAUGGAUCAAAUUUAUAGGAGUAUAAUACAUGAUGUUGCUGAAGUAGCAAAUAUAUGGGCAUAUUCAUUUGGUGAAGAAGGCAUUGACCGUCAUAUUGUGAUUUUUAAAAGGGAACAUGCUCCAUCUGAAGAUCAGUUAAAUGCACUUCGCAGAGGAGAAGAAUGGAACGAAGAAAUAGCAAAAAGAUUAAUAGAGGAGAGAGAAAGGCGAGCCAAAGAAGAGGAAGAAGCUGCUACUAAACCUAAGAAACGAAAAGAUAACUUUGUACCAAAUAGUUAUUAUAAAGAUAAAUAUCAACAUUUAAUUGGAAAGGAAGCUGCUCUAGAAGCAGCUAGGAAAACAGAAGCUAAUAGUAGUUAUGGUUGUGUUCCUAGUGAAAAUAAGAAAGAUCAAAGAAGUAUAGAACAAACAUUAGCAGAUAUACGAGCUAAGAAAAGAAAAUUGGAAAUGAAUAUCAAGGAGUCAAAUCAUCAAGAUGAAAGUACAAAAUAAAAUAAAUAAUGUCCAAAAUUAUGUAAAAUAUUUAAUUUAUUUAAUUUCUAACUUGUAAAUAUUUCAGAUUAAUGAUAUGACAUAAAAUUAAAUGUUUAAAUGCAAAGUUA